UCAAACAGGCGUGAAGGUCUGAAACUCUUGUCGGAAUCUAAAACCAUCAUCACAAAAUGGCAGCGAAGCAAAUAGAGCAAGGUCUGAGCUUGGAGCAGAGGCACGGCAAGGACCGGGUCCGGGUAGCCCGGGUCUGGCGCAACGGACCCGACGGACGUCACGUGGUCGUCGAAUGGAGCGUCAGCAUCAGCCUCCUCUCCGAUUGCCUCGCCGCUUAUUCCCGCGGCGACAACUCCGACAUCGUCGCCACUGACACCAUGAAGAACACUGUGUAUGCCAAGGCUAAGGAGUGUGUGAAGCAAGUUUCGGUGGAAGAUUUCGCAAUUCUACUUGCAAAACACUUCACAUCUCUUUACGACAAGGUCACCUGUGCCAUUGUAAACAUUGUGGAGAAGCCGUGGGAGCGUGUAUCUGUUGGUGGCGAAGCACAUGAACAUGGUUUCAAAUUGGGAUUGGAGAGGCACACAACAGAAGUCAUUUUGGAGAAGUCUGGUGCAUUAAGGGUGACUUCUGGAAUUGAAAAACUGGCUGUACUGAAGACUACACAGUCAGGUUUUGAGGGGUUUAUUAGGGAUAAGUACACAGCUCUUCCUGACACCCGAGAGAGGAUUUUGGCUACAGAAAUCACUGCAUCAUGGAGGUAUCCAUAUGAAUCUAUCUCUAGCAUCCCUCAGAAGCCACUGUACUUCACUGAAAGAUACCUGGAUGUGAAAAAAAUUCUGACCAACACAUUUUAUGGUCCUCCGAAAGAAGGAAUAUACAGCCCAUCUGUGCAAAGCACGCUUUAUGAUAUGGCAAAGACUGUACUCAAGAGUUUUCCUGACAUAGAAGCUGUUCAACUGAAAAUGCCAAAUCUCCAUUUCUUACCUGUUAACAUCUCAAACAAGAAUGGUACUAUUGUGAAGUUUGAAGAUGAUGUUUAUCUACCAACAGAUGAACCACAUGGAUCAAUACAAGCUACCCUAAGCCGUUUACAGUCAAAGUUGUAGUGCCAAUUGUUUGUGCGCUUGUCUGUUUGAAGCUACUAAUGCUUGACUUCCGAUUCUGGCAGUCUGCAAAUUGUGAAGAAUUUGCAUUAUAAAUAGUGUACUAUGGCUGGGACAAUGCUGAAUAGCUGGGACAUUAUGGAAGUUGAAUCCAAAAAAUAAAAAAUAAGAAACUGUAUAUGUACUUGUGUAGUUAUGUAAUUCAUCACUGCUUUUCUGUUGAACCUUCUUCUGUUGACAGGGCGUGAUUGUCUUUUUUUUU